CUACGAUUCACACUCUCGAUCCCCAACAUAUCAUCAACACGAAUACUCUGCAGUCAACGCCGAGCUGUAGUGCCCAGGCUGUUCUCAGAUCACCACAAUGGUGCCCAAACCCGCCGCGUCCUCCGCCAAAUCCAUCGGGUCUCGUCCCCUACCUCCCCUACCGAAGCUCCGAGUCCGGAGACCAAACAAGCCUGAAGUGAAUCCAUGUCUGGGUGUCAUGACAUCAGUUCUGGGUUGUUGGGCCUCUUCAGGAUACAGUGUUACAGGUUGUGCCCAGCUUGAGCAAAAGUUGCGCGCAUGCAUGGAUGCGCCGAGACCUGCAAAAGGAAAAGAAAACAUGAUCAAUUAUCAUCUCUCGCGAAUGUAUCCUAAGAUCAAAGGACCACAUAGACGAGACUGAGCGUCGCGAAAAAAGAGAACUUCGAUUUCGAGGAGAUGUAGGAUACUGGGAAGUGCAUACCACUACGAAAUGGACGUUGGUGGAUUACGGCUGAAAGCGAUUGCAUGGGAGGAGUUCGCCAUACCGGACCGCGACACUCUACGGCGUUUGGAUGAUUUGUAUACUAUGUAAAUACCAAAUGGAACACCAACACACCACCUCAGCGCAUAUCCGGUUGCGAAAACGCGAAACGAGCUUCAAAUGGUAACAGUCCCGGAAUGCAAGUUAAGCAACACUUAACCUGGCUGAAUUGGACUACAUUCGUAGCAAGUCAGCCUUAUUAGACCUCGAAACUGCUACAGCUUGCUAUC